AUGGGUUUUGCUGUGAUUGGGUAUCCAACAAAGAGACAUAGUAAUCGUUCUAUCCAUGAUCAGCUUCCCUAUGAAUUAAGAAGUGAAAAUGAUAACAAAGAUGAUAUGUAUAAGCAGAAAUCAUCAAGAGGAAGAAGAAAGAAGAAUAUAAGAAAAUUCAAAAAACAAAAACUGAUUGGUGGAAAGUCAAAAGAAUUAAACAGACUUGAUACUAAUAAUAAUAAUGAUAAUAAUACUUUGUUAACGGAUGAUGAUAAGUUCGAUCAACAGUUGAUUGAAUCUACUUGGCUUCGUAGAAAUAUUGAUACUCAAUAUGAUAUGGUUCAAACAAGAUCAAAUUGGUUGUCACAGAUCAAUACUGUUAUGAGGAGUACAGGGUCAAAUGUAACUGUUUUGAAUCAAAGGAAAAUUGGAUUUUAUUACACUGGAAGAGAUAUAAAAUUUAGAAGAUGGCAACCAACUAAGUCAAAUGUUCGAAAUAGCUUGAUGUCAGGUACAUUAUAUAGUAAAGAUAAUAGUCUAUCAUUGAAACCUGGAGGAAGAACCAAACAUUCAGAUCAAAAAGCUUUUAAUUCAAUGGAAAGUGAAGUGUGCAAAGCAUCGAAGGGACAUACAAAAAAAGAAGGACAGUCAAAUGAAGUAGUCUAUGAUAAUAUAUCUACAUAUGAUGAUAAUUCAAAUCAAUCUAACGUAAAUAUUCAAGACGACUUAAAGAAGUCUGCAGAUCUGAAAAUUUCUGGAAAAGAAAUCAUGAUUGAACAAUCAAAUAUGACUAAACAGAAACAGAAUGUUGUAGGAAACAAUAAGAUAACAGAUAAAUUAUCACUUGAUAAGUUACCACCAGAAGUUAUACAAAAGAUUUUCAUUUUUUCUUUUGCAAAUUAUAACAUGUUAUUGACAAAUAAAUAUUUGAAUUAUUGUCUUAAACUAUCGGAUCAUCUACUAGAAAUCAAUUUUAUAGAAAAUUAUAUCCACAUUAUAGACUAUAAUAAUACACAGGAGGAUAGCGAUAAUAUGUUACUCAGAGUUAAAUGUCUCAACACUAAAAUUUUUGAUGAUCCAAUAAUGACACAAUUUUUUCUGAAACGGUUGAAAUAUUUAAGAAAAAAGUUUGAUAAAUUUAUUACAGAUGAUAUAAUUUUUAAAGGAUUGGCUAAUUACAAAAGUCCCUCUUUACCACACAGAUUAUACGUGAACACUAUUGAUUAUUAUUUCAAAAAUGUUCGUAUUUUGAAGUAUUUUUUUAAACAUUUUGAAGUCAUAGUUAGUUCAUUAAUUGAUAAUAUUAUUGAAUGGUUUUUCCAAUUUCAAAUUCAAUAUAAAAUUCAACAUUUUUUACAUGUAAUGAAAAUCAUAAAAAAAUAUUGUAAGAAAUAUGAUUACUUAAAGGAUAAAACUAAUUUUACUGCUCAUCAUCUAGUAUCGAUAUUAGAAUAUCUAUUUCUUAAUAAAAGUGAUAGACAAUUAGUUACAAUCAAUUUUCUCAAAGGUUUAACAUCAUAUGUCGAAGAAGGAGACGAAAUAGAAGAAAAUAUUGAUAAUAUACCGUUAGAGAAAUUAAAAAUAAAAUUUGUUGGUGUUUACCUGUCUAUGUUUUACAAACCAUUGUUUGUAGAUAAUGAAAAUAAUGUCUCUGAUAUUAAUAUGGUACUUAACGAUUCAUCUCUCUGGAGUUGUUUAAGGGAAAUAUCAAAUAUAGAAUUGAUAGACGUUUUUGUUUCACAUGGUGUACGUCCUUCAUAUGGCCAUAUUAUAUAA